UCUGUAUAUAUGCAUGUGAUCGAUGGUCCGUCCAUUGACAUAGUUAAUAACGACACUAGAAAGAUGACAGGCCUAACAAUGAACCACAUGGCCCAGGGGCGGUCUGAAAAACAAUGUUCUGUGUAGACGAUGUGAAGCGUUCCAGAAAGGGAGAACCUAAAGUACCGGUGAAUGAGAAUUCUCCAGUUAUCAAGGCGUUUAGAGUGUACCAGUCAGAGCUUGACGCAAGACAUGACAAACAUGAACGUCUUGUCAAGGUCAGCAGGGACAUAACUAUAGACAGCAAAAGGACAAUCUUCUUACUACAGAGAGUUGCAGGGUCAGACUCGGAAUGUGCAGUGCUGGAGGAAGCUUCAGAGAAACUCAAGCAGAUACAAAACACAAAAUUCUCCUUAAUAGCUAAGGAAUUACAGGAUGAAGACCCAUACCGAUUUAUUCGGGCAUAUUCACCGGGUCUUCAGGAAUAUAUUGAAGCAGUCUCGUUCUUCAACUACAUCAAGUGCAAGGAGCUGGUAUCACUAGACACAAUCCAGCAGGAUCUGAUUUUUCCUGAAAAUAUUGAUAUUGGACAAACAUAUGAUCCAAAGAACCAAGCAGAAAUGGUCGAGUCGCAGGCAUCAAGCACGGCUGUUAACCAAUCUGAACAAAAAGGCACAAUUGAAGUUCAUGUUCCUCCUAUUGAAUACAUGCUGGGCGUGGCUGACCUCACUGGGGAACUGAUGCGAUUGGCAAUUAAUAGUGUGGGGGCAGGAAACCUUGACAUUCCGUUUGAAGUUUGUACAUUCUUGAGAAAAAUGCAGUUAGGAUUUCAAUCGUUCAGUUAUGUAUCCAGGGAAGUGAAAAAGAAACUACACACACUGAAUCAGAGUCUGCAGAAGGUAGAGACAGCCUGUUAUACCCUACAGGUUCGUGGCUCGGAGAUUCCUAAACACAUGCUAGUAGAUGUCCUCAGCUCCCCCAUGAGGGAGAUCCAUAUGUACACUGAUGAUCAGUCCAUGGAUGAGUAGGCUCAACAAAGCUUUUCUAUUACGUGUAACCAGUCUUAAAUUGUGUAUUAAAAUUUUCACUUAAUACCCCAAAAUGGUAUUUACUUUAUUUUUAACUUGGGCCACAGCCUGUAAUCAUGAAUAAGGUUUGACCCAUCUUUAUUUCCAGCAUUGACCCGUUAGACAGAUGACAUUUUCAAGGUUUUAAAAUGAGAAGUUAUGUUGGCCAGCAUUUCUCGAGUUUUAUUUAAUGCAGUGUAAAGAUGUGACAAUUAUAGGAAACCAGUUCAUGGUAAUUCAUGUAUAAUAGGUCAGUCAAGUGUUGUUACUCUAGACCUUGCCUAUCAAUUUUUAGUGCCUAUCACUAUUCUUUACAAACUCAGAUUACCAUGACUGAAAUGGUUCAAUUUAAAGAUACUUGAAUGAUUGUUAGACUUUAAAUUGUGAGAUAUCAUAUUACGUAGUAUUUUCAGAGGCCUUGAUAAUGAUUACCAGGAGUUAAAACUUUUUUCAGCAUAAUCUACUGAUUUGUAAUGCGAGUUAAGUAAAAUCAAUUUGUACAAAUGUAGCCCUCUAUACUCCAGCAAAGUAAAGGUGUCAUAUGCUAUGCUUUAUACAUUUUAAACCUUCCUAUAAAAUAAAACUGCCAAAAGCAUUAAUUUCACAUGCAUUUUAUACUUGGCAAGCGAUAUAAAAUAUGUUACUUCAAUUCAAAAUGAGCAUCAAAACAAGCUUCUGAUUUUAAAACUUAAAUUGGUUUCUAUUUUGUAUUGUGUUGAUUUUAAUUUUUGUUGCAAACUUCUGCAUGAAAUUUUAGGCUACAAAAUUAAGUAGGUAAAAUUUGUCAUCGUUCUCAAGCAUGCUUUUACUCCACUAUUCAUUUAGUUUUCUCAUUAAAGAAUUUCAUUUUAAUUUGAAAGGGUGUCCAUGUAAUAAUUCUACAUGUAAAUCUUUUUAAAUCAGUACGUUUUGGUGGAGUGUGCUUUAGAAUUUAAAGAGUUAUUUCCCUUUGUCCAAAAGGUCCCAACAUCACCCACAAUUCUUUGUGACACAAAUAUUUUAAUUAAAAUACUUAUUUGUAUUAGGUUAAAAGUAUACUCCUUAAUAUUAUUGUACUUAAAUUCUGCUUAAGCUAGAAUACAAAUAGAAUUCUGCCUUCAAUGCUCUUUUGUGAUAAAUUGUUGGUCCAUCGUCCAGGGCUGUUAUCGCAGCUAGAAUAUGUUAUAUCUUGCAGAGAAAAAAUAAACAAAGUGAGUGAGGACUCACAGAUAUAUCACCAAAUACACCCCAUAAUUAGUAAAUGGUUUAAUCAUUUAUGUAAUACUUGACCCUAAAACCUUGAUCAGUGGCUGCCAAAAUCGAAUCAGGGUGUAGACCUUGACGUUAUGACACAAGUACUAUCAUUGGGAUUUAUAUAAACUAAAUCUGUUGAGCACAAGACAUAUCUUUAACAAAAACUGAUUUCAGAAGUGUUCAAAUGAACUUUGAUUUUUUACCUCGACUCAUGUUUACCAAAAUGUAGUUUGUUGAUGUUGAUGUUAUGACACUAUGGCAUGAAUAGGACCUCACUCUGUUGAGCGGUAUAAUGAGAUAUUUUGUACUCAACCUUUUCUAUCCAGAGAAGGAUGCAGACAAAAUGAUUAUAUACAUUGCAGCCCGUCAGGGUUAUAAAACACCUGAUACAGUUGGCAGGCAAUGGUGAUUACUGCUGGGAAAACAUGGUCAAAUCUUUUUAAAAUACCAAGCAAACAAAUAAGAAAGGCGCUUACAUAUUUUUCAUUGCUGUAAUAUUUUCAUCAACUUGUACAACAAUUUGUUCAUUGAGAUAAAUACACAUUAAAGACAAAAAUAACAGAUGGAUUUAAAGAGGACCAACAUGCAAAAGUGCUCAUGAUUUCAUUCAAUAAACCAGUGCAAAUGUGAUGCAGUCCUUUCUUUUAAAAUACAUUAUUGCUAUUACUCACCCAAAAGGUAUCGAUUUUGAAAUAAAUAGUUUUCAAUAGAUAUUCAUGCUAUUUCAAUCAACUGCAUGUCUUAAAUAAGAUAUAAAUAGUUCUUGCAUUACCACUCAACCCUUACCCAAGUAUAUAGUGUAUAAAAUACUUUCAGAACUUGUUGGAGAUACCCCGGUACAUGUAACGGUAUUUUGUUGUAGAAACAAAAAACAAAUCAUUUAAAGUUGCAUCCAUAUGCAUUUGCUUUUGAUUAUUUCAUUAUUUGAUAACAUUUGUGACAUAUACAACCAAUCUAUUUGUCUUCCGAGAUAGAAACCUCAUUAUUACAGAAAAAGACUGCAGCAAGUUGAUAUUGUAUAUAAUAUUAAACA